AUGCCAAAUGAGAAGAGGAAGAGCGAUGAAAGGGACAAAGCAAGACAGAGAUUUCGUUCGGACGGCACUCCCAUCUGGGGGCAGCGAUCCAUCGACGGUCCUGGUGUGUGGGUGACCUGCAUCAAGGGUAAAGAAAAGCAGGUUGUAAGGGAGCUGUAUAACCUCUUUGAAUCCCUCGCAUCAGAAUUAUGGCCAGAUGGAUCCUCGUCGAGAGCCCAAGAUAAAGAAGACCCCGACGAGUCGGAUGAUGACGACGGUGAUAUCGAGAAACAAAUUGCCAGGGAAAUUGCUUCGAUGAAGCGACCGAGGAAGCAGCAAAGAUUCACUAAUUGUCAGACAAAUACACCAUGCGUGGUCUUCAUAUCGUGCAAACCACCAGUCGACCCCGUUAAGCUAGUGGUGAAGCAUAUUCAAAAUGUUUUUGAAACUGGGGUAACGCAAACUCGUUAUGCGCAACGGUUCACUCCGGUAGCUGGAAGCUGCCCUGUCAAUUUGCCUGAGAUACAAUCCCUUUGCACUCGCAUUUUCAAGCCAUUCUUUGCCGUAGAUCCGGAUCAGCAAUACAAAUACAAGAUCGAGCUCAGGCUGCGCAACCAUAGCACGCUUUCACGGACGACGAUUAUCCAAGAAAUCGCUAAAUGUGUUCCUGAAGGGCACAAAGUGGAUCUUGACAAUGCAGAAGUCUUCAUUCUUGUCGAAGUGUUCAAGAACGUUUGCGGGAUCAGUAUCGUGAAAGACUACUAUCGUUUGCAGAAAUUCAACGUGAUGGAGAUCUCAAACGCGAGGAACAAUUCGCAGGAAGGUGUCAAGGGGCGUGUUGCGGAUAAAGUAACCGCCGCUUCUGAUGAAGACAUAGGAGACACAAACGAAUCAUGA